GUGAUUUGCUGUUGCCCUCUCCCGCGAAGCGCAGUUCGGCACCUUGAGGGAACAAAAGGGCUGACAUGCGGGCGUUUGCGUACAUACAUAUCUACACGUGGUGCGGAGCUAUUGAUGCGCGAGCGUGUUUUGGUGUGGUUGCACAGGUUAUGCAGGAGGGUUUGGAAAGGGAAUGGCGUGGUGUUUUUGUCGUGUUGAGGUGUUGUCAAGCGGACGGACCGCGGGUAGGUGAUGCGAGUAGGCGUGCGCUCCCUUCCCCCCUUGACUCUUCUUCUUGUAUACUGUUUGGUGUUUGCGAGAUCUUUGUUGGUCAAUGUAUGAAUUUGUGUGUGUAUGCGUGCUUCGCCAUUUUCUAAUUUUCUUUCGUGAUCGCCUGGUUUUAGUACUUUUGUUGUUUCAAGAUCGCGGUGUCACAUCCACUGCUCCUACUCCCUACUACUAUUCCUAUAAUGCACAAACAUCUAAGCGAACUACAAUGUGCUGAAAACUAAUUCUUAUAUAGCAUCUAACUCUUCUCCUCUUCCCCUCACUUAUCCCCUCCACCUAAGCAUAUGUAAGAACGAAAAAAACUUCUAGUUUAGUAAAGCAAGAUAAGCUCUAGGGAAGUCCUUAACACAGCAGAAAAAAAAGGAACUAUAGCUCUACAUCUUAUUUAUCUUCUUCUCUUUCUUCUUUUCCCUCACUCACCCUCCCCUUUUACUUAUUCGUAGUUGUUAUGUUACACACUAGAUCUAUGUACUAUAUUUCCUACCUCCUUGUCCUU